UCGCCCGGGCGGGCGCGGCGGCGACGGCAGCGGCGGCGCGGGGACGGCGCGAUGCGGCGCUACCUGCGCGUCGUGGUGCUGUGCCUGGCCUGUGGCUUCUGCUCGCUCCUCUACGCCUUCAGCCAGCUCGCCGUGUCCCUGGAGGAAGGAGCGGGCGGCGGUGGCGGGAAGCCGCAGGCCGCAGCGGCUUCCUGGCUCGCGGGCGGCGGACGCGGCGCCGGGAGAGGGGCGGGCAGCGCGGGCCCCGCGGCGCAUCCCGGCCGGUCUGACAGGUGUAAAGAUUGCUCUCUGUGUUACUGGAAUCCCUAUUGGAUGCUGCCCUCUGAUGUUUGUGGAAUGAACUGCUUUUGGGAAGCGGCUUUUAGGUAUAGGCUGAAAAUGCGGCCCGUUGAGAGAGUGCACCUAGCCGUAGUUGCCUGUGGGGAAAGACUGGAAGAAACUCUAACCAUGUUGAAGUCAGCACUUAUCUUCAGCAUCAAACCUCUUCAGUUCCAUAUUUUUGCUGAAGAUCAACUGCAUGAUAGUUUUAAAGGCAUACUUAACAGCUGGUCAUUUCUACAAACAUUUAAUUAUUCAUUAUAUCCGAUAACUUUUCCGAGUGAGAAUGCAGCAGAAUGGAAAAAGCUCUUUAAACCGUGUGCUUCCCAGAGAUUGUUCUUGCCAUUAAUCCUGAAAGAAGUUGACUCACUAUUGUAUGUUGACACCGAUAUCCUUUUUUUACGGCCCGUUGAUGACAUUUGGUCUUUACUAAAGAAAUUUAAUUCCACACAAAUUGCUGCAAUGGCACCAGAACAUGAAGAGCCUCGAAUAGGCUGGUAUAAUCGCUUUGCCAGACAUCCAUACUAUGGAGAAACUGGAGUGAACUCUGGAGUUAUGUUGAUGAACAUGACCAGAAUGAGAAGGAAGUAUUUCAAGAACGAUAUGACCACUGUGCGACUACGAUGGGGAGAUAUACUUAUGCCAUUGCUUAAAAAAUACAAACUGAACAUCACAUGGGGUGAUCAAGAUCUGUUGAAUAUCAUAUUUUUUCAUAACCCAGAAAGCCUUUUUGUUUUUCCGUGCCAAUGGAAUUAUCGACCAGAUCAUUGCAUAUAUGGAAGCAAUUGCCAGGAAGCCGAAGAAGAAGGAAUCUUUAUUCUUCAUGGGAACAGAGGUGUUUACCAUGAUGAUAAACAGCCAGCGUUUAGAGCUAUUUAUGAAGCACUGAGAAAUUGUUCUUUUGAAGAUGACAACAUCCAUUCUUUAUUAAAGCCUUUAGAACUGGAACUACAAAAGACAGUGCAUACAUACUGUGGGAAAAUUUACAAAAUAUUUAUCAAACAGCUGACCAAAAGCAUACAAGAUCGUUAUGAUAGACCACCAAAGGAAAGGUGAUUCUUGGUGACCGCUAAAUCAAAUGAAUUGAAACAACAAAAUAUCAGAGGAUAUGUGUGAAGGAAUAGUCUUAGAUGAAGUGUUCAGGAAGGAAUUAUUCAUCUGCAGAAUAAUUUUUUUUCCCGAAGAAGUUAAAUGAGCAGUAUUUUCAUGUAAUGAAGAAUAAGUUGAAGUCUUGGACCCCAACAAGAAGAUAUUUUUGAUUUCUGAUGUUUUGUAAUGCUAUGUGCUGUCAUUCUAGUAUUGAUGAAGAUAUUAUUGAAUGGUUGUAGCCUACAGACUUUGACUCUCACUCUCAAGUGGGUGAGAGCAGUAGGGAUGUGUGGUUGGAGACGAAUGUACCUCAUGCACAGUGGAGACACUCAGACUGUGAGUAUAGCAAUAAUUUUACGUCAGCACUAACCUCACUUUAAAUGUG